GAAAGAAUGAAGCAUCCAAACCGAAAGAAAAUGAUCUUUAAAGGCCACAAUAGCCCCAUCAUCUUCUACCUUACCUUGUUCUCUAUCUAAUAUGGCCUUUCCAUAUUGCACACUAUUAUAUUACACCCAUUAGUCAUACAUACAUACCAAUAAUAAUAAUGAAUACAUAAAAAAGUAAAAAGUAAGAAUGGAAUGGAAUGGAGUGGAGUGGAGGGAGAAAGAGGUAAAUAUAUAUAAGGAAAUGAAUAUGAGCCACCUUGGAAAGCAAAAGCCAACCAAAAUUAAUGUAUUAACCAUAAAAUGAAAAAGAAAGAGAGAAAAGUGGAGAAAUUAAAGAGAGGCUUUGUGUUGAAGGCUACAAAUUAAUUACCAUUUACAAACACAAAAACCAAACCAAACAUUUUUCAUGCCCUUUUGUUUUUACAUUAAAUUAUUUUUUAAAUAUUUUGUUUUAAAAAAGAAAAGGUUAUUAGCUUGAAUUUUUUUAGUAUAUGAGAAAAUAUGUGAAAUAGUUAAAACUAGAAAUCAAUUUUCCAUUUCAGAAAGAAACUUCCUUUCCCUUUCUCUUUCAUUUUCUCUCUCUUUCUCUUUCGACGAUCAACAAUCAGAGAAGAUCAGGUGUGUUUCAGAGAGAUGUCUUGUUCAUCUUCAUCAGGGUCCGAUGACGACGACGAGGGCAUUGACUCUUACAGAAAAGGAGGCUAUCACGCCGUCAGAGUCGGCGAUCAAUUUAACGGCGGCCGCUAUGUUGCUCAGCGAAAGCUAGGUUGGGGUCAGUUUUCCACCGUCUGGCUCGCCUACGAUACCACCUCCUCUAGCUACGUUGCUCUUAAGAUCCAGAAAAGUGCAGCACAAUUUGCUCAAGCUGCUCUUCAUGAGAUUGAACUCCUUUCUGCCAUUGCUAAGGGUGACCCUUCAAAUUCUAAAUGUAUUGUUAGACUUAUCGAUCAUUUCAAGCAUGCAGGCCCAAAUGGUCAGCACCUUUGUAUGGUCCUGGAAUUUCUUGGAGAUAGCUUACUCCGCCUAAUCAAGUACAACCGUUACAAAGGCAUGGAACUGAAUAAAGUUAGAGAGAUUUGCAGAUGCAUAUUGAUAGGCCUUGAUUACUUGCAUAGAGAACUUGGUAUAAUCCACUCUGAUCUGAAACCAGAAAACAUUCUUCUAUUCAACACCAUUGAUCCUUCCAAAGACCCAAUUAGAUCUGGUCACUCUCCCAUUAUUGAAAAGCCGGAGGGAAACCCGAAUGGAGGAGUUACCAUGAAUAUUAUUGAGAAGAAGUUGAAAAGGAGAGCUAGGAGGGCAGUUGCCAAGAUAUCUGAAAGGAGAGCUUCUAUGGGAGGACAAGCUCCAAAAUCUGAGAAAACUAUGGAUGGGAUUGAUGUAAGGUGCAAGGUUGUGGACUUUGGAAAUGCUUGUUGGGCUGACAAGCAGUUCAUGGAUGAGAUUCAGACGAGGCAGUAUAGGGCUCCUGAAGUUAUUCUGCAAUCUGGAUAUUCCUUCUCAGUUGAUAUGUGGUCAUUUGCUUGUACUGCUUUUGAACUUGCUACCGGCGACAUGUUAUUUGCUCCAAAAGAUGGACAAGGCUUUAGUGAGGACGAGGAUCACCUUGCUCUUAUGAUGGAACUUCUUGGAAAGAUCCCUCGGAAGGUAGCUAUCGGAGGAGCUCGCUCGAAGGAUCUGUUUGAUAGACACGGUGAUCUAAAGCGAAUUAGGAGACUAAAAUAUUGGUCACUGGAUAAACUGUUGAUUGAAAAAUACAGAUUUUCAGAGAGUGAAGCCAGAGAGUUUGCAGAGUUUCUUUGUCCAGUUCUCGAUUUUGCACCAGAGAAGCGACCAAGUGCGCAGCAGUGCCUGCAACAUCCAUGGAUUAAUGCAAGCAGUUCAGGUCAGAGUGCAAGUAAGAAGGAAGCAACUGUGGAAAAGGUGAAUGUCGGGAUGAGCAAGCUUCAGCUUAAGGUGGGCAAGUGAAGAAGAAGCAGAAGAAGGGAUGAGAAGGAUGUAGGUGGUGGUGCAGUCCCUGCCCUCUCCUUCCUCCACCUUCACUCUAGUCUACUCUAUAUCACAUUAUUGAUUGAUUGUGUUCUAUUUUUUGUUUGUUACACACUGCUAAUAAGAUUUAUUUUUUGAUUAACUAUAAAAGAUGUAAAUUAGUAUUGAUUUUUGUGGGGAAUGAUAUCAGAAAAAGAGAAUUUUGACUA